UCCGUGCGUUUCGACCAGAGUUUGAGGGAAGUAGGUGAUCGCAAACAAUUUCGUCUCCUCAAAGAAAGUUAAUGAGUGAGCUGGUAGGGAGGCUCGGAAGAAGAGGCGGGUGAAUGAUAGACCCUAUCUGACUUCACACCCAUGUCCAUGGUAGUGGGCUGAAUAUACUCUCAGUUUCGUCUGCGGGGCUCGAGCUUGGGAGGAAAUCCCCCAUUACUGAGCUAUCCCUCAUCUCCGUUAUCGCUAAAACCCAGGGCAAGUCCUCCCGCCUUUCCCUCUAGCUCGGGCGCCUGAGGGGGGCUAGAAGUCCUCACGCUCUUAGCUUUCGGGUCCAGGCACCCAGGAAGGGGCGAACAGAGGGUAGAGAAGCAGAGGGGAGGGGAGCAAAGUGGGGCAGUGCGCUCUGAGCCAGCCCAGCCUUCCCGCAGCGGCUCGGCCCCGACCGCCCCUCCCCUGGGUGGUUCCGGGCUCCUUUUCGGGCAGGGUUUAUUUGCAUAGAGGAAACUGCCGAAAGUGGCCGCUGAGAAGUUGGGUAGGAGGGCGUAGCGAGUCCCCGUGUAAAGCCCAGUGGCUCUCUACCCUGAUAGCGGAUGGGCCCCAGCUCUUUCCUCAGCUCGCCGAGGUCCGGGCAGUGAGCGCGGAAAACCUGGGCACUCGGAGAAUGCUCUAAGGCGAACCCCUCAGCCAUCAGCUCCAUCCCCAUCGCCUAGGGCGCCCCCUCCGCGAGCCCCACCAGAGCAGAGCCGACUCUUAAGUAAAGCUGCCCUCGAGCCUUCCCUCUCUCCCACCCGCUCGGCGCUGCAUCCCGUCCCCUCAAUCCCCCCAGCUAGAUGGGCGCGUGGGAGCCGGGCGCCCGGAAAGGCGGCCCUGCGGGGGCUCCCGCGUAUCCCGCGUGGGGCAGCGCGGCGGCGCUGGCGCUGAGCGCGCUCUGCCUGCUGCUGUCCCUGGGCUCGGUGGCCGCCUGCCUGCUGCUGAGCGCCCGGGCUACCGAGCUGCAGGGCAGGGUGUCCGCGCUCGAAGAGGAGCAACAGCAGCGGCAGCGGCGCACGGGCUGGGGUUCCCCCGAGACGCCUGGAGACCUCAUCUCCUGGGCAGAGUCCCACCUGGAGCGUCUCCUGAAGGAGAAGUUGGAAGGAGAAGCCAAGCUGCGGAAAGUUCGAGAAGUUUUACCUGAGUGUCUCUGCCCCCCAGGACCCCCAGGGAGGCGAGGAAAACCUGGAAGAAGAGGAGAUACUGGUAAGCCUCCCUGUUUCUCUGGGCAAGCAGGACGAGACGGUUAUCCGGGACCACUGGGUUUGGAUGGCAAGCCGGGAUUGCCGGGGCCCAAAGGUGAAAAGGGAGAACCAGGACACUUCGGCCCCCGGGGAGAUCGAGGUCAAGAUGGAGCCACUGGUCCACCUGGGCCCCCAGGUCCUCCUGGAGCCAGAGGACCCCCUGGAGAUACAGGAAAAGAUGGUCCUCGGGGACUUCAAGGCAUGGACGGUCUAAAAGGAGAGCCUGGACCAGAAGGAGGGAUGGGCCCAAAAGGACCUCCAGGACUCAAGGGUGAACCUGGCAUGCCGGGAAGAAAGGGGGAUGACGGAUUGCCAGGACAACAAGGACUACAGGGAUCCAUUGGGCCAAAGGGAGAAGAAGGGAGCCCUGGGCCUCAAGGAAAGAAUGGAACUGAUGGACCACCAGGAGCCAAGGGAGAGCCUGGUGAGAGAGGAUCUGAUGGCUUCCUUGGACCCAGGGGUCCACCUGGAGUGAAGGGUGAGCAAGGAGACACAGUAGUGAUUGACUAUGAUGGCCGAAUCCUGGAUGCUCUGAAGGGUCCUCCGGGUCCUCCCGGCCCACCUGGUCCUGCAGGAAGCCCUGGAGCAAAGGGAGAACUUGGAUUGCCUGGGCCUCCUGGAGUCGAUGGAGAAAAGGGUCCAAAGGGCUCUAAAGGAGACCAGGGACAGCCAGGACUGAUGGGACCAAAAGGAGAAAUUGGUGAAAUGGGCUUGUCUGGCCCCCCGGGAGUCGAUGGCCCCAAAGGCGAGAAGGGAGAAUCGGGGUCUGCAAGUCUUCAGGAGAGCCUGGCCCAGAUUCUAGCGGAACCGGGGCCGCCUGGCUUACCUGGCCCCCCAGGCCCUAUGGGUCUUCAGGGAAUCCAGGGCCCCAAGGGCUUGGACGGCGCAAAGGGGGAGAAAGGUGCCACCGGAGAGAAAGGCUCCAAUGGGCUGCUCGGACCAGCUGGCCCACCUGGCCUAAUUGGAUUACCCGGAACAAAAGGAGAGAAGGGCAGACCUGGUGAGCCAGGUUUGGAUGGCUUCCCCGGGCCCCGAGGAGAGAAGGGAGAGAGGAGCAAGCAAGGAGAAAAGGGGGACCGAGGAGUUCCGGGCAGAAAAGGAGCAAAGGGGCAGAAGGGAGAGCCUGGGCCGCCUGGAUUGGAUCAGCCGUGUCCAGUGGGGGCGGAUGGCCUACCUGUGGCAGGCUGCUGGCACAAGUGAUUCCUGCUCCUCCCCUGUGAAGCUUGUAUAUAGUCAUGUGACAUACCUUGCUCUACUUAAUUUUUUGUAAAAAACAAAGAAAACAAAACAAAACAAACAGUAAUAUAUUGAUUUUAUUUUUUUUUUUUGCUGGAUGUUGCCAUUUAUGGAUUUUUUUUUAAAAGUUGUUUCCAGGAUGGCCAAGAAGUGACUUUCGUGAACUUGGCUCAGACUGGCCUAAGCUUUGGCUGACGUGGGAUCUUUUAGUCUCUUCCUCAGCUAAAGGACUUGGCCCAUGGCUCAAGCUCAGGAGAAGAGAUGAGCUUCCCCGCUAUGUGUGGAAGGAAAGGCCCCUGGGAACUAUAACCUGCCAUCCCUUUGCUUCUCUAGAAAACGAAGGAAAGCAAUCCUGAUUUAGGGGAGAAAGCAGGCCAGAAGAUCUCAGCCUGGGAGACCACAGAAACAGCUGGGUUUGGGCACAUUUGGUCACCUUUCAUUUGAAAAAGAAAGAAGGAAAAAAAUGGGCUCCCAACUAUCCCCCAACAGCCUGCCCAUGGCUUCGUCCUUUGGGUGUCCUUCCCCCAAUGGACAGAGUAUGGCACCAGAGAUGAUCUGCUUCUUUCAAGAUGACUCCUGGAGCUACUAGGGUUGGGAUCGGAGGCUGGAGAAUCUGCAAGGACUCAUCCAAGAGGCGUCUCUCUAGUCCUACCUUCCCAAAGAGCUGGGAGAGAACAAGGCAGCUGCCCCUAAUAGCACUUCUAUACACACACAGCCACCCUGACCUUCCAUCCUGGGCAUCCCCAUCAGGAGAAUUCCUUUUGCCAAAAGGCUUGGGCAGAGUCUUGGAAAAGUCCAUUCAGACUCUUGGCAGGUCAGGCUGAAGUACCCGCAUUCUGUGGGUGCACUUGCUCGCCUUGUCCCUUCCUCCUUCACUCCCUGUCAUCUCCGGGUCACAUCCUCUUGGGUUUCUUGGUCAGCCAUGGCUUCAUGGAACCCUCCAUCACAGCCUGCCUGCCCCUGGGAAGGGAUGACAUGCUGGACAUCCCGCCUCCGGACUAAAGUUUGCUGGCCAUUAUUCCCUCUGUCUCCCUUCCAUGGCAAAUCUUGGGCCCAGACCGUGUCUAUUCUUCCCUCGCAGUGGGGAGUUAUGGCCCAAAGCCAUCCAUCCAUCAGUCAACAGACACUAAGCUCCUAUUCAGUACCAGCCACUGUGUUAGGGGCUGGGGGUACAAAUGCCAAAGCCAGACAAAGCGUCUGCCCUCAAGGAUUUAGUUCAUGCAGGCGUCCUCUCGGGGCAGAGCCUGCCAGGUUCCUGGAAUCUUCCCUACCUUCUCACCAUUCCACCUUGAACUGGUGUCAAAGUACAUUUCCAUCUUCUGGGCCCACUGUGCGGGAGGAUGUUCUAAGCGUGCUAGGCCGGGGGAGUAGGGAGGUGGUACAGAAUAACACCUGCAUGGAAAAUUCAAAUGCACUCUCUAGAGUGGACCGGAUAAAGGUUGUCUUUACUUAGGACCACAGAUAAUCCAGUAGCUCAUGGUUGCAGGAGGGAAUCCCAUGCUUCUUUUCAUGCAUUAUUCAGGCUUUGGAAGCUACUCAUUCAAUUUGACAUGCAUCAAGGUUCUUUGAACUCUGAUUGCCAGGGUCCCACGACCGCUGAUACAGGCCUGCUCAAGAGAACAGGAAAGGGGGGCUCAAAAGGUUUUCAAGGAUGCAAUUGUUGCUGACCUGAUCUCGAGUCAUCCAGGCUCAGUCCUUCGGGGUACUCUGUGCCCGAGUCCUCAGGGCACAAGAAUCCCAAAAGGAUUUACAACAGCGAACAUAAACCCAAGAAUAUGGGGAAGGGGCACAGGUAGCCAUGCUCCUCAGAGCUUACUUACAGCUCUGCCACAGUGAUGUGAGCCCUGCCUCUAUUGUUCCUCCUGGCAAUAAUCGCAGCUUUGCAGCUAUAGUAUCAGGGUCAGGGCGUAAAACAAAUACCAAAAAACCCACCAUCUCAGAGAUCUGGGCUUUCCAGGCUCAUAUAAGCUAAGUGGAGUCAGUCUCACAACAGGAAAGCGGUUGAUGCCUUUCUAAGGCUAGCAGCAUCCACUACUGCCUUCCUGCCCCCAUAGGUUGGUGCCUGCCUCUCUGGUGGUGCUACCAUGUUGCUUUGGCCUUAGUUACCAGCCUUUAUGCUUGUCCCUUAGAACCCUGCAUCUGUACUGGUUAAGAAUUUCUCCUGAUGAGUCUUAUAGCAGCCUCUCAGGACUAAGAAAACAGAUUCUGCGAUCAAAAUUCGAAGGGACUUCAGUCAUAAACGGUUUUUAUUUAGGCCAGGAAAAAAGGUGUCCUUCAUCUAACAAAAGUACAGCUCUACUGGCUUCAUUUACUACUAAUUGUUUUCCUUUUCUCUUGUAAAUUAAUGUCUGAGAAUGUAAUAAACUAUAAUGGAACUUC